CCAGGGUCCUCUCUGUCGCGCGCGUCCCCGCCCCGCGUCCCCUGUCCCCUCCCCUCUGCCCCGUGCCCUCCGGCGGAGCCGCCGCGCUCGCUGCAGCGGGGAGCGGGGAGAGGCCGAUGGCCGCCGCCGGGAUGGGCAGAGGCAGCACCGCGCGGCUGCGGGGCCUCCACGCGUGACAGUGGGGCGGGCAUGGGCCUUCCGUGCAUGGCGCCGGGGCGGCCCGGGACAGCGGGACAGCGGCGGGGCCGUGCGCUGUGACAUCGGCAUGGCGGCGACCGGAGCGCUGCGGUAGCGUCCGCACCGCCGUGGGACCUGCACCCGGACGGUGUGACACCGGGCGCUGGCCAUGGAGCCGGGCACCAUCGACAACCUGUCCAUCCUGUACCAGAGCUCCGACUUCAUCGUGGUCAACAAGCACUGGGACCUGCGCAUCGACAGCAAGAUGUGGUACGAGACGCUGACCCUGCAGAGCCAGCUCAAGCACCGCUUCCCCGAGCUGGCCGACCCCGACACCUACUACGGCUUCAGGUUCUGCCACCAGCUGGAUUUCUCCACCAGCGGGGCUCUGUGUGUGGCACUCAACAAAGCGGCGGCGGGAAGUGCCUACAAGUGCUUCAAGGAGCGCCUGGUGACCAAAGCCUACCUGGCCCUGGUGAGGGGACACGUGAGCCAGAGCCGGAUGUCGAUCCGCUACGCCAUCGGGAAGAACACCACGGAGGGCAUGACCCACAUGAUGUGCAUCGAGGGCACAGAGGGCUGUGAGAAUCCCAAGCCGUGCCAGUCGGAGCUGAUCGUGCUGGAACAUGGAUCCUACAGCGGAGACCCCGUCACCAAAGUGCUGCUGCAGCCGCUGACAGGGAGGACUCACCAGCUCCGGGUUCACUGCAGCGCCAUCGGCCACCCCAUCGUGGGGGACUUCACCUACAGCCACCGGCAGGACAGCAAUCCCUACAGGAUGAUGCUCCACGCCUACUACCUGCGCAUCCCCACGGGCAAGGAGCUGAUCGAGGUGUGCGCGCCCGACCCCUUCGUCACCGCCAUGGACAGCAACUGGGUGCCCCAGAACAUCACCCAGAGGCUGGAGGAUGUCAUCCAGGAGCUCAAGGACAAGGGGACACACAAGGAGGAGGAGGAGGAGGAGGAGGGCCAGGAAGCUGCCAGAGAGGAGGGAGCAGGGGGGGAAGGCAGCAGGGAGGAGACAGAGGAGCAGCGGGUGCAGUGUGAGCAGAGGCUGGCUGAGUGGGCUCUGGAGUGAGCACAAAGCACCUCCCUGCAUCUCCAGCUCCAGCCUUGUCCCAGCGGGUCCCCACGGAGCCCGGCGCUGCCUGCACACCUGCACUCCCUCUGUGGCUUCCCUUGCUCCUGGGGCUGGCAUCGGGUGGAUUUUAGGAGGGGUUGAGGUGGGGUUAUUUUGUAAUGCCCAUCAUCUGUCUGGUCAUGGGAUGUCCCUUUCCCAAUUCUGGGCCUCAGCAGCAGAGUGUGUCACGCUCCAGCUUAAAAUGACCCCAAAGCUUUCCAUCCGUGUCCUGGGGCUCGGGCACAGCUGGGCACUGCCUUUGCCAUGGACAUUCCCACAGCCUCUCCAUGCUUGGAUGCAGAAUUGCAGCCCAGCACAGGGAGGGGAGAAGGUGCUGGGUGCAGCUCCAGUGUACCCGUCCUCCAUUCCCAUUCCCUCACUC